AUGAAUAACUGGAAAGCUGAUGCUUCGGAAUUGCGAUUGAAAAUAGAAGAGUAUGUGGUGGACCAACAGUAUAGUAUAUCCUACUUCUUUGUCACUCUCGGAGGGUAGGCCUUGGCAUUUUUUGAGUAGUAAAGAAAGUUUUUGCACUUCUUUGUUUUGUAAAGAAAGUUCUUGCAAUUUUUUGUUUUGUAAAGAAAGUUCUUGCAAUUUUUUGUUUUGUAAAGAAAGUUCUUGCAAUUUUAAGUAGGAAUGUCAUUUUAGGUUCACAGUGUUGUUGUUAUGUUCAAUUUGCUCCAUUUGGGCUAGUUACUUCUUGAUUAUCACGCCGAGAAGACGGCCGAAAGAAAUGGAUGUAAGUUGGUUUUGUAAAGAAAGUUCUUGCUGUUUUAUGACUUGUAAAGAAAGUUUUUGCCAUUUAAUGAUUUGUAAAGAAAGUUCUUGCCAUUGUUUGCUUUGUAAAGGAUGUUCUUGCUAUUUUUUGUUGUGUAAAGAAAGUUCUUGCUAUUUUUAUGUAAAAUAACAAAAAUUGAAGAUUGGCAGCUUGCGGGUGACAAGUUAUACGAUAAAUACCAUUUUUUAAUUUUUUUGUUUGUAAACAAAGUCCUUGCUUUUUUCGUCUCUGUAAAGAAAGUUCUUGCCAUUUUUUGGCUUGUAAAGUAAGUUUUCGCUAUUUUUUGGCUUGUAAAGUAAGUUUUCGCUAUUUUUUGGCUUGUAAAGAAAGUUCUUGCUAUUUUUUUUAUAAAGUACGUCAAACUGUCUAUACGAUUGUAAAAGGAGUUUAAAAUUAAAUUUUGAACCAUAUUAAAAUACAUUUAAAAUAUUAUAUUAACCUAAUUAUGCUACCAUAAUGUCAAUUAUUUUUUAAUUUCCAAAAUUAAAUUGCCCUUUUCUAGAAAAUCGAACGUCUACGUGCCAUUUACGAGAAGCCCACCUACACGAUUCCGAUAGCUUACAGCUUUAUGUUCCAUGACCCACCUCCCCAGAUGCCACUCGAGAUACAGCCUGACCCCAGCUACACGAAUCCGUUUUGUCAAGUCGAAAAACCACCCCAAUUGGCCGAGGAUUUGGCCAGAGAAAAGAAGAUCCUGGAGAAAGAAAUGAAAAAAUUCAACGAUGCGCUCCAACAACGACUUCAUACCUCCAAAAAGCCUGUCUUCCCAUUAUUAUUCAAGAAAUAA